GAGGAGGUGCCGUCCCACAAUACCAGGCGGGAGGGCGGGUAGGCGGUUUGUAUCCGGGCUGUGAGGUGCUCCGAGCCUCGGCGGACCUUGCUGCCUCUGUCUCUUUAACGUGAGAGGAAGCGAUGCGGAGGGGUGGAAAAUGGCAGAGCUGCAGAUGUUACUAGAGGAGGAGAUUCCAUCUGGCAAGAGGGCGCUGAUAGAGAGUUACCAAAACCUGACCCGGGUGGCGGACUACUGUGAAAACAACUACAUACAGUGGUGUGGAUUGAACCCAGGACCUCAGUGCAUGGUAGGCAAGCAUACUACCACUGAUUCUCCAGCCCUCCAAAAGGCUACAGACAAGAGAAAAGCUUUAGAAGAAACCAAAGCAUAUACAACUCAAUCUCUAGCUAGUGUUGCUUAUCAAAUAAAUGCAUUGGCCAACAAUGUUCUCCAGUUAUUGGAUAUCCAGGCCUCUCAGCUUCGGAGAAUGGAGUCUUCCAUCAAUCAUAUCUCACAGACUGUGGAUAUUCAUAAAGAGAAAGUGGCUCGAAGAGAGAUCGGUAUUUUGACCACAAAUAAGAAUACAUCAAGAACUCACAAAAUAAUAGCACCUGCAAAUAUGGAGCGCCCUGUAAGAUAUAUUCGAAAACCUAUUGACUACACAGUUCUCGAUGAUGUUGGCCAUGGUGUGAAGUGGCUAAAAGCCAAGCAUGGAAAUAACCAGCCUGCAAGAACUGGCACACUGUCUAGAACAAAUCCUCCUACUCAGAAACCACCAAGUCCUCCCAUGUCAGGCCGGGGAACAUUGGGACGAAAUACUCCUUAUAAAACCCUGGAACCUGUUAAACCCCCAACAGUUCCUAAUGAUUAUAUGACCAGUCCUGCAAGACUUGGAAGUCAGCAUAGUCCAGGCAGGACAGCUUCUUUAAAUCAGAGACCAAGGACACACAGUGGAAGUAGUGGAGGAAGUGGAAGUCGAGAAAAUAGUGGAAGCAGUAGUAUUGGCAUUCCCAUUGCUGUGCCUACACCUUCACCACCCACUAUUGGACCAGAAAACAUUUCUGUCCCUCCUCCUUCUGGAGUUCCACCAGCACCACUUCUGCCACCAGUUCUCCCAGUGAGCACUGUGAUAGCAGCCCCGGGCUCAGCUCCUGGUUCCCAGUAUGGCACAAUGACCAGGCAGAUUUCUCGACACAACUCUACUACUUCUUCGACAUCUUCUGGUGGAUACAGACGGACUCCCUCUGUGACUGCUCAAUUUUCUGCUCAGCCUCAUGUUAAUGGAGGUCCACUUUAUUCUCAAAAUUCAAUUUCUAUUGCUCCACCUCCUCCCCCUAUGCCUCAAUUGACUCCACAGAUACCUCUCACAGGCUUCGUGGCCAGGGUGCAGGAAAACAUUGCUGAUAGCCCAACUCCACCGCCACCACCUCCACCAGAUGACAUUCCCAUGUUUGAUGACUCUCCACCCCCGCCCCCACCGCCUCCAGUGGACUAUGAAGAUGAAGAAGCUGCAGUAGUUCAGUAUAAUGAUCCAUAUGCAGAUGGGGAUCCUGCCUGGGCCCCCAAGAAUUAUAUUGAGAAAGUUGUUGCAAUAUAUGAUUAUACAAAAGACAAGGAUGAUGAGCUGUCAUUUAUGGAGGGUGCAAUCAUUUAUGUUAUAAAGAAGAAUGAUGAUGGCUGGUAUGAAGGAGUCUGCAAUCGAGUGACUGGUCUCUUCCCUGGGAACUAUGUUGAAUCAAUCAUGCACUAUGCUGAUUAAUUAUUUCUUUUUUCCUUUUUUUUUCCUUUUAAAGUAGGUUCUUAUUAUUCAGUCAUACUGUGGGAGUCUUAUGGUUAACAGAAUUGUCUUAAUAUGUUUUAAAAUGUGCCCAUAUUUUCAGGACAUGCUGUUUUAUUGGUAUAUUUGAAUGUCUACCUGUAAGCAUAAAUCUUUGAGGCAGUUUUUGUAUUGCUAAACAGCAGUUUAUACAAGAGGCUGUCUAUAAUUGAUUAUGCUUAUGUACUUACUUACAUAUUGUUAAUUUUAUGACCAGCGUAAAUAUUCUGGGGAAUCGGGGUAUAUUUAACAAAUCAUGAUUCAGAUUGUACCAUUUCAUGUUUCAGUGCAGCAUGGUUACUAAUAAUAAUAUGUCAAACUAAUAUUAAAAUCAGAAAACUUAAAUGCUGGUGCUGGUCAUACUUUUUGUUUAGAUUCUCAUUUUUAAAAAAGUUUAAAGCAUGCGUAAAAUUUAUGUAUUGAAAUGUACUUAAAAAUUCCAAGAUGCUUCCAAUUUGUGUAAUACUUACCUAGUACACUUAUUCUAGGUGGGUCUCUAAGGUCUAUAUGUGAAACAAAACAAAAGGGGUUAUCUGUAAUGUUGUAAUUUGUACCUAAGUUUUUUAAUGAGUGAAUUUGCAUUAUAAAUUUUUUCCAUUCAUAAAUACAUAAGUGAACCAAAGGUUUUUGUCCUUUCCUUCACUGGUUUGCUUUAAAAAAAAUACAAAACCAAUUUAUUGCAGAAUUAUGGUUCUAUUUUCUCAACAUAUUAACUUGGAAAAAAAAUUUUUAGCCUUAUCUCAGUCUGUCCCAAUGGUAAUGUGACGGAUGUUUGCAGAUUUAAAAUCUGAGAUGAUUAUUUACAAGUCAAUCUACUGAAUUACUUUUUUAAAAGUAACUUUUGAAUCUAAGAAAAUGUGUCAAAGUGUGCACAUCCUUCUAUAGGUAAAAGUCUUAAAGAUUGCUACAUUAGUCCUUCAGUUUUACAGUGGACUAUUCUAGUACACUGGUUCAAUGAAAGGAAAUUAUAAGUAUCUUUUACAUAUUGUAAAAGUGUAUGCGAUUAAUUUGUGAAUAGGCACUAUUUAAUCCAUUACCUGGCACUAGAAGCAUAAGAUUUUAAAAUAAUUGGGAAAGAAGAUGGGUCAUGUAUUAAUCAGUGAACAGAGAUAUACUUAACCAACAGAUUUGUAUUGAAAUGCAACACAUGCACUUUGUGUGUCUCCUCUUAAUUUAAAGGAAGGUUUCUUAUCUUGUGUAUAAUUCUGUAUUGCUUAGAAUAUUAAAGUAGAGCACUCAGUGUGGGUUUCUGUGUAUUGAGGAUUUAUUUGAAUUUCAAAUUACAGUUAUGUACUGGGCGUUACAGACUUAACAGCAUAGUGAAUGGUUAGACUAGUGCAAAACAUUUUAUUUCUGAAAAUUAAAGACCAUUAUUACUACCAAUUCAAUGUGACUCUUUCAUAUGCAUUUUGCCUUUGUUAAUUUCAAACAAAGUAUCAUCAGUGACCAACUAGCUACCUUCUACUUUUCUUUUUUCAAGUGGAAUGUUCUCUUAAUUUGUAUAAUACCUGUUGUUUAAAUUUUAUGUACAGUCUUUUAUAAUAAACCAUUCUCCUAUAUGAAA